AUGGACACUAUUGUAGAAGCUGUCAAUGCAACGGGAAGAAUUCCUCUCCAUCCAUACUCCCCGUUAAAUGCGCUUCUUCCCGAGUAUGUCGCCAACACAAUACCCUCUCGCAUGCUCGUUGGUAGCUUUGUCGUUAUGUCAUUUGCCAUCUUUGCAGUAACACUACUGUUCAUCAACUCAGCGCCACGAAAGCUGUCUAAAAGAGAGAUCUUUGUGACGAUGUGGUUUGCCCUUUGCGGAUGCAUCCAUUUCUUCUUUGAAGGCUACUACGUCGCCAACUUCACCGAUCUCUCUAGCAAACUCAGCCUCUUCGCCCAACUCUGGAAGGAAUACUCUCUCUCAGACUCCCGCUAUCUGACUCAGGAUUCGUUCCUGGUUCCUAUGGAGGCCAUCACCGCUAUUCUCUGGGGUCCCAUGUCCUUCUUCUGCGCAUGGAGCAUUGUCAAGCAACACCCUCUGCGACACCCCAUCCAACUCAUUAUCAGCGUUGGUCAGCUGUACGGAGAUGCUCUUUACUUUGCGACCUGCUAUUUCAACGAGAUUGUGCAUAACAUUGUGUACUGCCGUCCUGAGCAAUUCUACUUUUACAUGUACUAUGUGUUUUGCAAUGCUAUCUGGAUUGUUAUUCCUGCGGCAUUGGUGGUGCAGAGCAUCGUGGCUACCAAGAGAGCUUUUGCGAAGGUUCAGGCUGCUGAGAUGAACAAGAAGGCUUUGUAA